UCUGAACACAACUGUGUGUGUGUGUGUGUGUGUAUAAUAUUGUAUUACUCCUUUUGCCAUUUUUAUGUGGGACAGAAUGUAAUGCUUAGUCUAUGAUAUCAGAGUAACCUAACAGAAAUCUGACCUUUGCAUCAAAAGAUAAAGAGGAGGAAAGUUUCCAGACCCACAGUAUGUACUUCCUUGCUUAACAAGCAGCCCAGACUGGAAGACUUCUUGAAAUAAAUAUCAAAAUCUUGCAGCUUGUCAUCUGGUUAGGGAACUGCCACUGAUGUGAUGAAAAAAUUGCAUGAAAAUUCCCAAAACAAAGAAAAACUUUUGUGGAGUACUUAAGCAGCGAGCUUGAUUGGAGUUGGGAUGCAAUAAACAUAGAGCUUACACUCUUGGUUUCUGACAAGUGCUGGACACAUUGCUGUAAUGCAGAGCUGAAACUCAACUACUGAAUGUAUAUACAGUACUUGCUUAAUAUACUGACUGUAAGCGGAAUCUUAUCCAAAGAGCCUGGCAUAGAAAACCAGCACUGCAGAACUACAACUCCCUCCAAGGUUAAUGCUGUCAAUGUAUGGACUAUACCUUCUUACUGCUAUUAAACCAAAAUUGUCUGGACUGCAGUAUUCAAAGCAUUUAAAGGAAGAAAAUGAAAACCUUAACAGCAGAGCAUUUAUUUAUUUUUUUAUUUAGUUUUCCGACGAGCAUUUUAUGGUUUCUUAGGAAAAUAGUAAAUGCCUAGGAAUUUUUAAGUCAUUGGUGUCAUUUAGUAUCAACAAAUGGACCAGUAAUUCCCAGUCUUAACAAUGACACCAUUGUUGUUGCUUCCUAUUUUUUGUUUUUGAGCAAAACAUGCUCAUCUGAUAUAAUAUUGACAUGAACUCAUCACUGAACAGUCGUAGAGCCGUUAUUUUAUGUAAUCAUAACUUAGGCCCAAGUCGUUUUAAAGGUACAGUAAUAACAAAAAAGCAUUUGCCUAUAGUAUGCUCUUCGUCUGCACGUUUGAAACUUCUGCAGCUUUGUAGAAGUAAUCAUAUUUGUGAUUGAAAAGUUUCGCAUGGCCUUUGUGGAUACGCAUUAUAGAAGGAUUUGUUGAAGCAAUUGACCAAAUGGAGAUUCGUUUAGGCAACAUGAACACGGCAAAGCUAAAAGGCUAAACAAUUGGAUUACAACAAUGGGAAUGGGCGCCAAUUGGACGAGGACUGAAUCAACUGCGAUUGUGGGGAAAAUCAAACCUACAUAAUCUAUAUCUGGCCUAUUUUUGCCCAGCUAUCUGUCGCAGAGAUUCCUCGAGUGAUUGCAGUGUGAGAAAUUUGUGUCCACUGUUGUUUGCUCUGCAGUGCUGCUCCGAGGCCCCCAAGCCCGUCCCCAUGCCCCUACCAAGCAUCGGGCUUCCAACGCAAUGUGUGUUUGUCAAACCAUGGAAGUGGGGAAGUGCAUCAAGAACACUGUGUGUGACAGGGGCCGGGGGGUCCUGCUGGAGCCAUUUAUCCAUCAGGUCUUUCAUGUGGACACUGGGCACUACCUGUGUUUAAACAAAUACUAUGGGAGAGGACUGAGUGCAGAAGGUUUCCGGCAGGCCCUGUUCCAGUAUCUUCACAAUGGUGUUCGUCUGCGUUUUGAUCUGUUUGAACCUAUCCUGUACAAGCUGAGGCGCCUUAAAUGUGUUCUGGAAAGCCAAGCCUCUUACCGCUUUUAUUCUAGCUCCCUUCUCAUUAUUUAUGAUGGGCGAGACUAUCCAGCAACCAAUGUAGCCGAUCCAUUGGUCCAGGAACGCGCACCCAAAGUAGAUGCACGCAUGAUUGACUUUGCCCACAGCACCUAUAAGGGCUUCCGUGAUGACCCCACAGUGCAUGAUGGGCCAGACAAAGGGUACGUUUUGGGCUUGCGCAGCCUUAUCAAUGUCUUGGAGCUUAUUCGAGAUGAAAGCCAAUAAUCUCUAUAUAGCAAACAAAUGACCUGGUCCUGCUUAGCCAUUUCAUCUGAUUGUGAGUCACACAAAUAUAAGGAGGUAACUGCACUCACUUCCUUGUAUAAACCAAAUGAUGCCGAUAUCCAUUUUAUUCUGAGUGAACUUUUUUUUUCCUGAUUAUGAGCUUUUUUUGUCUGCUAAAAAUGGCAAUUGUUGCUCUACUGUUUGCUAAGGUAUGCAAAGAACUGUUCCAGUGCAGGUGUUUGUCACAUAAAUGGAAAAGCGCACGUGAGAUACGGUUUCCUGGCUUUUUGGCCAAGAAUUGUAUACAAAUUCCUGCAAACCUGCUUUGCUAUGAAGUAAAAAAAUACAGCUGUUUUUACACAGAAAACGAAUUUCUCAGGCCUUUGUGUUCUUACUGCCAUGCUGGGGACUGGACAGUAGCCAUUUCCCCAAGAAAACCGUCCUUUUGGCUGAGAACAAAGAAAUGCAAUGCAAUGAAAUAUGGACCCUUUUAGAGACCUUCGGACUUGUGGCUUUCAACCACAUCAGUGUACAUAUUUAUAUAUUCCUAUAUAUAGACACAAAUAUAUAAGAUUGAAUCUAUAUAGAGCUAUAUUAUCCACGCUUAUCUGUGUGUGAUGCCAGUCUUCUCUCUUCUGGAGGGUUGAUUGGCUGAUAUUUUUUUUUUAAUGUUAACACAAGUGUUUUUGUGACCUGGUUUACAAGACAAUGAGUGUGAAGGUUGUUUCCCCAAACAGAACCACACCAAGCUGUUUCAAACCCGUUGCAUACUGGUGUGCUUCUGAUCAAUCUCAUUUAGCCACUAUCAUAGGUAGAUAAUGUUGGUUAGCACGGAGCUAUCCCUGUAACAGGCCUGAAGGAUGCUCCUACUAACUCUAAAUGAUAUCAGCUGCUAAAUAGAAUUACAAUAGAGCACUUCUACACUAGCAAAAUUUGGAGGCACAGAAUACAAUACCUUUUGGUGCUAUAAAAAAAAAAAGAAGCUAUAUCCAUUAGACUUAGAGACGUUUCUGAUGAUCAGAUUAUAAUAAAUAAAAAGCUGUGUCUGUCCCUAGAACACAGUAAUUCCCUGCAAAUGUUUUCUUUGUCAUAAUAGUAGCAAGUGCUUCUUGUAUCACUUCCCAAUGAUUAUAAUGGCAAGAAGUUUCUUGGGUGUUGCUGUGUUUUUGACCCCCUCAUCCUGUAAAAGUAUUAGAGCUCAAAAUACUGUCGCAUCACCAAAUGAGAUUUUACCUCACUGAAAGUGGCAUGUGCCAGGAAAAUGUAUUGACUGUCGGAUAUCUCGGAGCAUUAGGAACACGUCACACCUCAAGAUCUGACUUGCUAAAAGGGCACCUAUCACAGCCAAAUUCAAACACGUAUUACAAUCUGACCAGUACAACCUAAACACGUUUAGUUAAA